AAAUGGCAUCAAUAUUAUUAUCGGCAUGAUAACGGACAAAUAAAUUACUCAUAAAGUUAUUUACAUCAUUACAGGCAGAACGUCUUAAGUGGUUAUCACUUAUCAGUUUUCUGUAAAUUAAGUGCGAAUUAGUACAAAAACAAUCAGUGUAGAAUGUUUUGUAAAAGAGUGGCUCAUUUUUCUAAAAGAAAAAUAAUACGACAACUCGCUUUCUAUUCUACUGCAAAGCCUCGGCGAGUUAUAGCGAUCCGCAGAGAGGACCAGUCAGUAUGGGAAAGGAGAGCUUCGUUCUCACCGUCGAAUGUCAAUCGGCUUGUACGGACUGGCGUACGAGUUAUCGUGCAGCCUUCCAACCGAAGAGCUUAUCCUAUGCAGUCGUACAUAAAUGCUGGUGCAAUUAUACAAGAAGACAUAAGCGAAGCGAGUGUUAUAUUUGGUGUUAAGCAAACGCCUGUUGACUUGCUCAUACCCAACAAAACCUAUUGCUUUUUUUCGCAUACGAUAAAGGCUCAGGAAGCGAAUAUGCCAAUGCUUGAUGCUAUAUUAGCAAAGAACAUUCGGCUCAUUGACUACGAGAAGCUGAUGGAUAACGCCGGUAACCGCGUGGUAGCGUUCGGGAAGUACGCCGGAGUGGCCGGCAUGAUCAACAUCCUGCAUGGACUGGGACUGCGCCUCCUUGCCUUGGGUCAUCACACGCCUUUCAUGCACAUUGGCCCAGCCCAUAACUACCGCAACUCGAGUAUGGCGCGUCAAGCAAUACGCGACGCAGGCUACGAAGUUGCUUUGGGAAUGAUGCCGAAAUCCUUGGGACCCCUUACAUUCGUAUUCACCGGCUCAGGCAAUGUAUCUCAGGGUAGUCAAGAAAUAUUUCAAGAUUUGCCCCAUGAAUAUGUCCCACCGGAAAUGCUGAGGAAGGUCGCCGAACAUGGAAGUCCGAAUAAAAUUUACGGAUGUGAGGUGCGGCGGCGCCACCACCUCGUUAGAAAGAAUGGCGGAGGUUACGACCCGCAGGAGUAUGAAGAACAUCCCGAACGAUACAUCUCUACUUUCGCACAAACGAUAGCUCCAUACACAUCAGUACUAGUAAACUGCAUCUACUGGGCGGUGGACAGUCCAAAGUUGCUGACCAUACCUGACGCCAAACAUCUGCUGAUGCCAUCACACACACCCUGGCUGCCAAUAAGCGUCGGUGCACCGGCUCUACCACAUCGAAUGUUGGCAAUCUGCGAUAUCUCGGCGGACCCGGGUGGUUCAAUUGAGUUUAUGAACGAAUGCACCACUAUAGAUACUCCGUUUUGUCUCUAUGAUGCUGAUAGGAAUAAGGACACUAAGAGUUUCAAAGGACCUGGAGUGUUAGUCUGUUCAAUCGAUAACAUGCCAACGCAGUUGCCUCGGGAAUCAACGGAUUUCUUUGGCGACCUGCUUUUUCCUUACGCUGAAGACAUCAUGAGCUCUGAUGCUACACGGCCACUGGAAGAACAUAAUUUUUCACCGGUUGUUCAAGGAGCCAUUAUAACGAGUAACGGAAAACUGACACCAUCAUUUGAAUAUAUUAACGAACUACGAAUGGCUAACAAUCGUUCCCGCCAUAAGGUGGAAGGCCAUGCUCAACAAACUUCGGUUUUGAUCCUUGGAAGCGGAUUAGUCUCCGCACCUGUUGUUGAAUAUCUCGCCAGAGAUCAAAAUGUUUCUGUUACUAUUGCAUCACAAUUUAAAGAAGAAGCAGACGCUCUUGCCGAGCGUUACGGCGUCCGAUCAGAAUAUCUUCAAGCAAAUGACGAACAUGCUCUUAGAGAACUUGCAUCCAAGUCUCGUCUUGUUAUAUCUCUUCUCCCAUACGAUCUCCAUGGUGCUGUGGCAAGAGCUUGUGUGAGUUCUGGAGCACAUAUGGUCACCGCUUCUUAUGUACGUCCUGAAGUACAAGAACUUCACGAUGUUGCUAAAGAAGCUGGAAUAACUUUACUAAAUGAAGUGGGCUUGGAUCCAGGUAUUGAUCAUUUGCUUGCCUUGGAAUGUAUACAUGAUGUACAGAAUCAUGGAGGAAGGAUUGAUUCUUUCGUAUCAUACUGUGGAGGAUUACCUGCACCAGAAUUUAGUGAUAAUGCUCUAAGAUAUAAGUUUUCAUGGAGUCCAAAAGGAGUUUUAUUAAAUACAAUUUCUGCGGCAAAAUAUCUCAGUAAAGGACAAGUUGUAGAGGUUCUCAGCGGUGGUGAGUUGAUGUCAGUUGCACGUGAUUUGGACUUUCUGCCCGGCUUCGCUUUCGAAGGAUUCCCCAAUAGAGACAGUACAAAAUACUCCUCCCUUUAUGGCAUAGAAGAUGCGCAUACGAUGUUCAGAGGGACUCUUAGAUACAAAGGUUUUGCUGAAACUAUGAAGGCUAUGCAGCUUUUUGGCUUAGUUGAUCCAAAUCCCCAUCCAUCUUUGCAUCCAGAAGGGCCGCAAAUAACCUGGCGACAAUUUGCAUGCGAGCUUCUCGGUCUGAUGGAUCCUUCAAUCUUCUACGAAAAUCUGAAGACCCGGCUAGCAGAGCGUAUUGGAACCACGGGAGCGCAGGCGAUUGAGUCUCUUGGAUUUCUCAGCGAAGAGCCUAUUGUUAAAUGUGGCUCGCCGCUUGACACGAUAAGCCAUUACCUUACUAAGCGUCUACGAUUUGAAAAAGAUGAAACAGAUUUCGUAGUUCUUCGACACGAAAUUGGCGUAACGUGGAGCGAUGGGAAGAAGGAGCGUCGUGAAGUGACAAUGGCUCUGAGAGGUGACCCUGCGUCGCAUUCUGCUAUGGCAAGGACCGUGGGACUACCCACUGCUAUCGCUGCUAAGAUGGUGCUCGAUGGUGAAAUCCAGCAGCGAGGAGUAGUGCUGCCGUUUGCUCCUGUUGUUUACAAAUCGUUGCUCUCAAGGCUACGAGCUGAUGGCAUCACUGCGAAGGAAGUCUGCAGGCCUCUAAAUUGAUUUUAAAAUAGUUACAUAAAUUAAUAUAGAAUAUUUUUUUAACUUUAGGUAAAAAGACUGCAUCAAAUUCCUAAUAAUUCUUCAGAAUUAUUUCUUCAUAAAAUGUUCUUCUAUUUACAUUAGGUACAUUAUUCACGUACAUCUGUUUGUGGCUUGACUGAUUGAGUUGAAGGCAUAUUGCCACAAUAAUAUUAUAUUUGUUUUAUCGAGACGCAAAUAAAGUCGCGAGAAACAGCUAAGUAAUUAUAAUUAAUAUCUAGUUAUUUUUGUAUUGUAAAUAAUAUCUUUAUUUAUAUUGAUAUAUACACAGAGCUGUGCAGGUCAUAGAGGCAUAUAAACCCUGCUUAGCCUAGUUGAUACUGCUCAAUGCUCAUUUUUCAAUAUCACUGUUGCUGUGAAACAGGUGCCUACUUAACCAAUGUCUACUUUGGCUACAAAAUCCACGCACGACACUAGUUUUACUGUGUACCUAUAGUAUAGACACUCAGGUUAGUCAUUUAAGCUUAUAUCAUUAUACACUUAGGUAAUUUACCUAAUUAAUAUUUGUGUACAAAGGACUGUUAAUUUGAGUCAAUAAAAAUAAGUCUAAUUAUUUUAAAAUGUUGUUUUUCUUUCACUUAACAAUUUGGGAACAUAUCAGAAAAAUUUUAGGAGUUGCUUGAAACUUAGUAAGCAUCACGGUUAAUAAGUUGACAGAUCUAGUUUACCAUACUCAUGAAAGAUAGAAGAAGCGUUUUACUUUUCAGCUUUUAUCAAGCAUCACCUUAAAUUUUCCCACGCGCUCU